GUAGCAACGGUUUGACUCAGUUGUUAGAAGAUAGUCCACUGUUUGUCUGUUUUUUUGUUUGUUUGUUUGUUUGUUUGUUUUUGGAAGCGAAAGCGAAGUUUGGACAUGAAAGUGCUCAGCGAGUAGAAAAAGCAGUAGAAUCCGUUCUCGCAGCGUGCGUCAUCAUGAAGCCGUUACUGCGCUUCAGCGUCCCUCUGUGGACUCUUCUGGUCUUCAGCGCCAGCACCCGAGCACAAUGUAUCUCAAAUUGUUCAACAGGAACAUUUAAUAUUAUAUCCACAACAACGACAAAUGUCACCUUUGAACUUAAACCAAACUGCAGCUUAACAGUUGGGAAUAUUGCCUCUGGAAAUGGUUUAAUAACUGGUCUGACUCCUGGAGCUGUCUAUGAAAUUGUCUUAAACUGUUCACACUGCUGCAAUGUGUCACAAAUCACAACAAAGCCAGAAACUGUCAGUUUAACAGUCACUAAUAUCACAACAUCCUCUAUAUUUGUGAACUGGACUGAACCAGUGGGAAUGAGCUCCUUCUAUAAAGUACAGUGGACAGGUGGAGGAAGGAACGUCCCUGUAAAUGUCUAUGAGACGUUUUAUAACAUUACUAACCUGACUGCUGGUGUCCAGUAUGAAAUAACUGUCACUGCAGUGGCUGGUGAUAAUUAUACUGAAGGACAGAGUGCUACUGUCAUCAAGUACACAAAACCUGCUGUGGUCAAGAACCUUACUUUCACUGGUUUCACAACAACAUCUGUGUCUAUAAAUUGGACUAAACCUGAUGGGGGUGUUGACUGGUACAUAAUCCAGUGGAAUGGGACACAACAGGUCUCCAGCCGCACAAAUGAAACUUUCUUUACUAUUCCAGGCUUAACCCCUGGCACCCUGUACAACAUUUCAGUGGCUGCUGCUUCUGUAAACCAGUCAAAUGCGGGAGAUAACAGCUAUAUAUCUACCUUCACAAAACCUGCUGUGGUCAAGAACCUUACUUUCACUGGUUUCACAACAACAUCUGUGUCUGUAAAUUGGACUAAACCAGAUGGGGGUGUUGACUGGUACAUAAUCCAGUGGAAUGGGACACAACAGGUCUCCAGCCGCACAAAUGAAACUUUCUUUACUAUUCCAGGCUUAACCCCUGGCACCCAAUACAUCAUUUCAGUGGCUGCUGCUGCUGUAAACCAGUCAAAUGCGGGAGAUAACAGCUAUAUAUCUACCUUCACAAGGCCUGAAAAGCCUGGGACCAUUAGUGUUACACAAGGAACCAACACCUUAAGCAUCAGCUGGAUUUUGCCUCGAGGAAACAUUAGUUAUUAUCAGGUCAAUAUAUCCAAUGAAAACUUAGUGUUUACAAACUCCAGUCAAACAGUGGCCACAACAACCAAUUUUACUUAUUUAAAACCCGGGAGACUCUAUAAUAUCACAGUGACUGCUUUUGCUGGAAACUUCUGGAAUACAUCUGACCAGGUGUCAUUUGCCACUGUUCCCAAACCUCCUGGCUCCAUCAUCUUGAGUAGACAGAGCAACUCCUCACUCCAGCUGCAGUGGGCAACACCUGAUGAGAUGAUCGGAGCUCCAGACAUCAUAUACAGUAUCACCUAUCAGGCUGUGGGUGGUCCCAGUCAAAACACAACUUCCACACAAAAUAACACUUUGCUUUCACUCCUUGACUCUGGAACCAACUACACUGUAACAGUAAAAACUAUUGGACCUGGAAAUUUAAGCAGCACGGUUGUUCAGAAUUCUUCUUUUACCUUGCCAAACCCAGUGAGGAAUCUAAUAGUCAGCCCUGAAUCUACUACUUCACUAAACGUGAACUGGUUAAACCCACUGGGGGUCAAAUCAUAUUACAGAUACUUAGUUGACACUUACAAUGACACAGGAGGACUUAUUUACUCAACAAACAUCACCGAUAACAGCACUUCUGUACUGAAUCUAAACCCAGGAACUAACUACAGUGUCACAGUCAGAACAAAAGCUGGAGAAGGAAGUGAAUCUACGGUGGAAAAGGCAUUCAAUUACACAAUGCCCGAACCAGUGGCCAACCUCACAGUGGAGACUGUGACCAUGACCUCUAUCACAUUGACGUGGUCCAGACAAAAUGAUUACAAGCCUUCCUACUCCUACCUGGUCAUAGCAAGACAGAAUGGCAGCGAGAUAAAGAAUGAUUCAACAAAGAAUGAGACCUACACCUUGUAUAAUCUGACCCCUGGAGAACUGUACACAUUUUCUGUGUUCACAGUUAUAGCAGGGGUCAAAUCCACAGAGGAAAAUGCACAGAGUUACACAAUACCUGAAGCAGUCUUAAACAUUACAGCCAUAACAACCACAACUAGCCUUUCAGUGAGCUGGACACUGGUGACAGGGAAGGUCUCCAGUUACAGUGUUGUGCUAAAUAGUGCUGGACAGUUAGUGAACAGCACGGAUGUAAACAAUCAAACUACAAACACAGUCUUUGUGGACUUGAUACCAGGAGUAGUUGAUCACCAAAAGUGGACCUUAUGAGAGUAACAGUUCACCUGUUUGCAACGCAACCUGUGAGUUGUAUUUACAUUUUACUCACAGAGCCUGAAGUAAUCAGGGAUCUUACUGUCAGUGAAAUUAGGACAUCCUCUAUAUUUCUGAAUUGGACUCAACCAGUGGGUCAAAGGUCAUUCUAUAGAGUAGAGUGGACAAAUGGAAUAAUAAAAAUAAAUAAGACUGUGACUGAAGCUAAAGUAAAUGUUACUGAGCUGACUCCUGGAGUGUGCUACACUUUCACUGUCACAGCAGUGGCUGGAGAUGACAGAACAGAAAGUGACAUGGCACAGAUUUAUCGAUGCACAAGUAAGAUGAAAACUAUUAUUUUUGCUGGCUGAGAAUGUUUUUCUUGCCCCUUUUUUAACAGCUUUAUCUUUUAAUCUAUUUAUUUUGUCUUUCCUUCGUUUUAUUUCAUUGCUGAAGGUGAAACAAUUACUUAGAAUAAUGUGUCAUUUUCCUCACAGUUAUGAAGCUGAAAAAGGUUUUUGAUAUUCAGGUGAUGUUUGUUUUUUAAAUCAGAGUGAUGUUAGUGGUGUGUCAUCUGAUGUCACACUUCAUUCAGUCCUCUUAUAUCUUAGUUUCCACAGUCAGUGGUCACUUUUUAUGGCUUUCAUGUUCAUCCUUCUGGCUGGAGAUAACAGAACAGAAAGUGACAUAGCACAGAUUUAUCGAUGCACAAGUAUGUUGAAUACUAUUAUUUUGGCUAACUGAGAGUGUUUUUCUCACCCUUUUUAAAAAAAAUUUUUUUUAUAUCUAAUGAUCUGAUGAUCUAUAUAUAAAUAUAUGUAUAUAUUUAUACUUUUACAUACACCGUUCUUUUUUUUUUUAAUUAAAGAGCCACACAUGCCAGACAAUUCUGCUAGCUUGGUGAAAUCGACUGGUGUCACACAAUAUUUUCACACUGCAGAUUGUUUCCACGAUGUUUAACAACUCUAAUAGAGCACAGUAUUGUUUGUUUGUUUUGCGUAUAAGGUGAUUUUACAAAUGUCUAAUGACAUCUUUCUUCAUUUCUCCAUUACAAUUUUUCCAAACAUUGUAGCUAUCACUAGUGUUGCUGUUGGUGUAUCGGUACCGGUUUUUCCCAUUCUCUUCAGUGUCCUCAUCGGCUUUAUUAUCUACUGAGAAAGGCCAGCCAAAAAAGAAUCACCAGACAUCCAGAUUCAAUCUUUAAGAGACAAGAUGUAAAUACGAAAUCUUCAAAUCAGAAAACAUGAGCAUAUCUUUCAAAUGUAAUGUGAUGCCACGGUGCUGGGUAUGUGACCCAGUGUUGUGAGUGGAUUCAUUUUUCUUUCCUUUGCAUUAAGAAGAGGAUUUAGGUUUAAGGUUUGAUUGGUUUAGUUCUUUUAGUGACUCUUAGUUUAUCUAUGUUUCUGGGCCAUGGUUUCUUGUUUGCUGUUGUUAGGUUCCUUUUGUGUAUUAGUUUCUGUCGCUCUCUUUUCUCUCGUGUUGUCCUCACCUAAGUCUCUGGAGUCGUGGAUUUGGGUCCUCUCUCUGCUUGCCACACAGCAUCAUGACAUGUUAGUGUUUUUCUGAACAAACCUUAUCACUAAACUGUGGUUCAAGCAGAAAUGUGGCUGUGAGUGUUGAGGACUUUGAGGCUUAUUACACGAAGCAGAGAGCAGACUCCAAAUAUGGCUUUGCAGAGGAAUUUGAGGGAAAUCACAAAAACUGAAUAUUCAUUUUGCUAGAUUAAUUUUUAUGCCUUUCAGGCUUUUGAUAACAGUCAUUUAGCUUCCUGGAUUCAAACACUGAGGGGUUUUUUUUGUUUUGUUUUAACAUUAAUGAAUGUUGACAGUGGACGAAACUGCAAUAAUGGAUUAUCUGUCUUGGACACUUUGCUAUAAUUGCAUAUUUUUGUAUUGCUAAGAUGUUUUAUAAAUGCUUCUUAAUACUGUAUAUGUCUCACUGAUGAUUCGAUCCUUUUGCUCAGUGUUGGGAACCACUAGUGCUUGGAAGUUUAGGCUUCCCACGAAUUUGUGUUGCAUGUUAAAUUACUUAUAUAAUCAAAAUAAAAUGUAUUUAUUGUACCACUAAAAGUGCA